AUGAUGAGCUACGGCUUGGACUCGUUCUUCGCCGGCUCGGGCGGCGGCGGCACCUUCUACCGCAAGGAGGCCGGCGGGCGCUACGGGGCUUCGCGCUCAGGCGGCGGCGGCUCGUCGCUGGCGUCGAGCGGCUUCCACUCGCAGCAGUCGUGGUCGCGGGGCUCGACGGCGACGGGCUCGGGGGGCUACCGGCGGCUGGGGGGCGCGGCGGGGGCGCUGAGCCAGCUGGGCUCCUCGACGGAGAGCCUGGAGUCGUCGCUGAACGGGGAACUGCGGGCGCGCAACGAGAAGGAGGUGCUGCAGGCGCUCAACGACCGCUUCGCCGGCUACAUCGACAAGGUGCGGCAGCUGGAGGUGCAGAACCGGCAGCUGGAGGCCGAGGCGGCGGCGCUGCGGCAGCAGCAGGCGGGGCGCUCGGCCAUCGGCGAGCUGUACGAGCGGGAAAUCCGCGACAUGCGGGGCUCGCUGGUGCAGCUGAGCGCCGAGAAGGGGCAGCUGCAGCUGGAGCAGGAGCACCUGGAGGAGGACAUCGCCCACCUCAAGCAGCGCCUCGACGACGAGGCCCGCCAGCGGGACGAGGUGGAGGCGGCCACCCGCGCCCUCGCCAAGUUCGCCGACGAGGCGCACCUGGCCAAGGGCGAGCUGGAGAAGAAGCUGCAGGCCCUGCGCGACGAGAGCCUCUUCCUGCGCCGCAGCCACGACGACGAGGUGGCCGAGCUCCUCCACCACAUCCAGGGCAGCGGCGCGGUCCAGGCGGCCCUCGAAGCCCGCGACGCCUCCCUCAAGGCCGACGUCACCUCGGCCCUCAAGGAGAUCCGCGCCCAGCUCGAGGGACACACCGUCAAGAGCACCCUACAGUCCGAGGAGUGGUUCCGAGUGAGAUUAGACAAGCUGUCAGAAGCUGCCAGGGUGAACACAGAUGCCAUCCGCACAGCCCAGGAAGAGAUUUCAGAAUACCGCCGACAGCUGCAAUCCAAAACUACAGAGCUUGAAACUCUGAAAGGGACCAAGGAGUCUUUGGAGAGGCAGAGGGCCGACAUGGAAGAUCGCCAUCAUGUUGAUGUCCUGUCUUAUCAGGAGACAAUCGCACAGUUGGACAACGAGCUGAGAAAUACCAAGUGGGAGAUGGCAGCCCAGCUCCGGGAAUACCAAGAUCUGCUCAAUGUCAAAAUGGCCCUGGAUAUAGAGAUUGCUGCAUACAGGAAGCUUUUGGAAGGAGAGGAGUGCCGCAUGGGAGCAGGACUGGGACCAUUCCCUUUCCCUGAAGCCCUCCCCAAAGCUCCGAGCAUUUCCACUCACAUCAAGGUCAAAAGCGAAGAGAAGAUAAAAGUGGUGGAGAAGUCAGAGAAGGAGACGGUGAUUGUGGAAGAGCAGACAGAGGAAGUCCAAGUAACCGAAGAAGUCACUGAGGAAGAUGGAGGUGAGAAAAAAGAAGGGGAGGAAGAAGAGGAAGAGGAGGAGGGAGGGGAGGAGGAGGAAGAAGGAGAGGAAGAGAAAGAAGAGGAGGAGGAAGAGGCAAAAGAGGAGAAGGAAGAAUCUGAAGGAGGAGAAGGUGAGGAGGAGGAGGAGGCCGCAUCUCCAGAGAAAGGCAAAGAGUCUCCUUCAGCAGAAGCAGCUACAUCCCCAGGACAGGAGCCUGAAGAGAAAGAAGCAGCAGUCAAAUCUCCAGAAAAAAUUAAGUCCCCGACUAAGGAAGAAGCUGAAUCUCCUGCAGCAAAGUCCCCAGCAAAGGCUGCCUCUCCUACAAAGGAGGAGGCCAAAUCCCCUGCCAAAGUGAAGUCCCCAACCAAGGAAGGGGCCAAGAGUCCAGCAGUCAAGUCUCCUGAGAAAGUUCCAUCCCCCACCAAAGAAACAACCAAGUCUCCAUCAAAGGUUGCAUCUCCUACCAAGGAGAAGGACAAGUCCCCAGCAGUUAAAUCUCCAGAGAAGGCAGCAUCCCCUACAAAGGAAGAGGCCAAGUCUCCAGAGAAGGUCAAGUCUCCAUCAAAGGAGGAGGCCAAAUCUCCAGAAAAAGUCAAGUCUCCAUCAAAGGAAGAGGCCAAGUCUCCAGAGAAGGUCAAGUCUCCAUCAAAGGAAAAGGCCAAGUCACCAGAAAAGGAGGCAGCCCCAGAAAAGGAGCCAGCCAAGCCACCUCAGAAAGAUGCAAAGGCAGAUGUGAAAGAAGAGAAAGAAGUGGAGAAAGCUCCAGCAAAAGCAAAACCAGAAGAGAAGAAAGACAGCAAGAAAGAAGAGGAGCCCAAAAAGGAAACCACAGCUAAGGAUGUGCAAAAACCCGAAGUCAAGGUUGUGGUGGAGGAGAAGAAGGCCAAGACUGAAGACAAAGAAGACCAGAAGAAAGAAACCAAGCCUAAGGCACCUGCCCCUGAAGAAAAGAAGGAGGCAGCUGCUAAAGCUGAAGAGCCCAAAGUGAAGGAAAAGGAACCUGCCAAACCAGCAACAAAACCCAAAGAAGAGCCCAAGAAAGAAGAGAAAGCAAUAAAGAAAGAGCCUGAGCCAAAACCUCAGGAGAAAGACACAAAGGCCAAGGAACCAAGCCAGCCAGCCAAGAAAGAAUCUGAGAAACCAAAGGCAGAAGAGAAGAAAGAGGAACCCAAGAAAGAGAAAGCUGAACCCAAGAAGGAGCAGGAAGAGAAACCCAAAGCUGAACCCAAGUUUAAAGAAGACACCAAGAAGGAACCCAGCAAAGACACCAAGGAGGCACCCAAACCAGAGCCUGCAAAAGAAGCCCCCAAGGCAGCCAAGCCCAAGACGGAGAAAGUGGAGAAGUCCUCCAGCACAGACCCCAAAGACAGCAAAACCACUGAGAAAGUGGAGUCAGCUGAGAAAGCAAAGAAGUGAAGAGAGGCCCUGGAGGUGCAUGAUGGACCCCCUUGAGGAACUGCAGAGGGUCUCCCUGCCCCAGGGCUGGCUCCCGCUGCCCUCCAAAGAUCAGACUUUGCUUAGGUGAGCAGCCAUCCCUUUCUCACCGAGGCAUGUUAGCAAUAUGUUUAUGUGAAAGAAAAAAUUAAAAACCCUAAUCAAGCAAUGAAACAAGCCCCCCCCCCCCAACCAAGGGGGGUUUGGUUAUGUUAUGAUAGCUUCCGUAGCAGAAUGUGAUAUACGCAGAAUGCCACAUUUAAACACUUGAAUUAUUUACAGGGGAGGGGAGGGGAACCCGGAAUAAAACUUGACUGCCCUUUUUCUAAUAAGUGCAUUUAUUUACCUAAUGGGCAACCAAGGGUCGAAUGCAAUAAAUGAAUGUAGAACUGGGGGAAAAAGAAGAGUUAAGCUCUGAAAGAUGUACAAUAGGCUAGAGAAUUCCAAAAUGAUCUAAAAUGCCUUGUCUUCAUACACCACACACUUUUGUCAUCAUCAUUUAAACACUUCAUCCCUAGCUAGUCUCAGGAGGAAGAAUGUUCAGGACACCCCUAUGCUGC